GCGUUCAGGGCCUGACGGUUGCUUAGGUGACAGGGAUACAAUAUGGCGGCCGGAUCUUAACGCUCUCCGCCGAGGGACCACCGCGGAGGUCCUAGUUGGGCACCCUGCCUCAGAGGAGUGGAGGCCAGGGGGCCACUCUUCCUGCCCCCUUCUUUUCCGUCCAGUGUCGGCAAGGAGUUGUCUCCGCAUCCAGGAUGAAGAACUAUAAAGCAAUUGGCAAAAUAGGAGAGGGAACGUUUUCUGAAGUUAUGAAGAUGCAGAGCCUGAGAGAUGGAAACUACUAUGCGUGUAAACAAAUGAAACAGCACUUUGAAAGUAUUGAGCAAGUGAACAAUCUACGAGAGAUACAAGCACUGAGGCGCCUGAAUCCACACCCAAACAUUCUUACGUUACAUGAAGUGGUUUUUGACAGAAAAUCUGGUUCUCUUGCACUAAUAUGUGAACUUAUGGAUAUGAAUAUUUAUGAGCUAAUCCGAGGGAGAAGACAUCCAUUAUCAGAAAAAAAAAUUAGGUGCUAUAUGUACCAGUUAUGUAAAUCCCUUGAUCAUAUACACAGAAAUGGAAUAUUUCACAGAGAUGUAAAACCAGAAAAUAUACUAAUAAAGCAGGAUGUCCUGAAAUUAGGGGACUUCGGGUCCUGCCGGAGUGUCUAUUCCAAACAGCCGUACACAGAAUACAUCUCUACCCGCUGGUACCGGGCCCCAGAGUGCCUCCUCACCGAUGGGUUCUACACCUACAAAAUGGACCUGUGGAGUGCUGGCUGCGUGUUCUAUGAGAUCACCAGUCUGCAACCCCUCUUUCCUGGAGCCAAUGAGCUGGACCAGAUCUCAAAAAUCCAUGAAGUCAUCGGCACACCUGCUGAGAAGACCCUCACCAAGUUCAAACAGUCGAGAGCUAUGAGUUUUGAUUUUCCUUUUAAAAAGGGAUCAGGAAUACCUCUACUGACAGCCAACUUGUCCCCACAAUGCCUCUCCCUCCUGCACGCAAUGGUAGCCUAUGAUCCUGAUGAGAGAAUCACUGCCCACCAGGCUCUGCAGCAUCCCUACUUCCAAGAGCAAAGGGCAACUGAGAAGCAGGCUCUGGCCAACCACAGAAAAGCAUUCUUUCCAGAGCACCCUGUGGCACCGGAACUACUCAGUAACAACUGGCAAAUUUCAAAGGAGGGCAGAAAGCAGAAACAGUCCACGAGGCAAGAGGAGGACCAUCCCAAGAGACAAGGACCAGCCUACCUGAUGGAGCUGCCCAGGCUGAAACUUUCGGGAGUGACCAAACUGUCCUCGUACUCCAGCCCGGCGCUGCAGUCAGCAUGCGGACCCAGAGCCAACGGGAGAGUCCCGGUGCUGAGGCCCCUGAAGUGUGUCGGCACAAACCAGAAGACAGAUCCACAGAAGGACAUUAAGCCCAACCUGAGACAGUAUCGCCUGCCCACGAUAGAAAGGAAAGCUGGGGGGUACUGAGGAGCA